AUGGUUUGGCCAUUUGGAAAAGGGUCAAAACAGACCGCAGAGCAAGAGCCUGUGGUUGCUGAAAAUAAGCAGGAGAAACAGAAAAUCUUCAUGGAAGAUGUGCCUCCAAAAUUUGAGACACAACCCCAAGUUUCACCGCAGGAAUCACGCUCCCAAUCCAAAGAGGUGAAAAAGAUCCUAUCGGAACUGACCUGGGCAGACUUCCAGCCCGCAAAUCUACUGGAAAUCCCCUGUUUCAGAGACGCCGGACUGGCCGGGUUCUCGUGUUUGUUCGUUUUCUCGACUGUGAUGUUUCUUUACCAUAAAGAUAUACGUAAAGCUACCAACUGGGGAUUCGGAGGUCUAAUGCUGGGAUCGACAUUUGCAUGGGAACAGUGCAACGCGCAGCGAAAAAAGUCGCAACUAGCAGUGCAAAUGGCACAGGAACGGUUCAGACAACGCCAAAGCAAACAGUCCAAAGACGACUGA